AUGGCUCGUUGCGGCGAUCGGCUGUUUUGGCCACGCCGGGGACAGUCUCUGGCAUUGCUCCUGGGGCAAGUGCUCGCCACGGGGCUCAUCCAGGCCGUGGUCGUUGACGACGACCUGCCUUUAUUCGCAGAUAAUAGCUGUAAACAGUUGAAGAUAAUGAAGAUAAUGCAUAGUUCAGAAUCAACUUGUUUCUGUUACGUUCCAAAUGGAGCAAUGUACUUACAAAAUACUUGGUCAACUAUUCAGGUGUCCAUAAACAGCACUGAAUUAUUUCAAGUGGUGUAUAUCCCAAAUGAACAUGAAUGCCAAAAUUCCGCACAUUUCCUCGAUUUUUUGAAGUGCCUGAUUAGCAAUAUUUGGCAGCCUAGUGUGUCUAAUCAAACAAUCAUAACAGUGGACCAAUAUGUUGGCAAAACAUGUUUCAGGAUCGAACCGACCAAUAAAGUACUCUUCACUGUGAGUGUACAACCAAAGAUGCUGGAUAUCAAACUCCUUCUGUUAUUUGUUGCUGGUGCACUUCUUUUUCAUUUUGCCUAUAGCCUGAGCAG